AUGCGCCUUUACCUGCUAGCUCUGGCCACCGGGGCAGCAGCCUCAUGCUGGCGAAACUCAUCCUGCACCGGCCCUGCAGAGCCCUCGUUCCCUGGCCCCUGGGACUCAAACAACUACGCACCAGAGUCACGAUUCAUCCAGCCAAAGUCCAUUCUCUCCUUACCAGCGGGGGAAUAUGUCUCCGACUACCCAUCCGACUCUGCCCCCUCCAUUAGCACAGCCGACACAGGGCUAGUCUUCGACUUCGGCAUCGAAGUCGGCGGAAUCAUCACGGUUGACUACGAACUCUCUGCACCAAACGCAACGCUGGGUCUAGCAUUCACCGAAGCAAAGGACUACAUCGGCAGACGUUCGGAUAACUCUAAUGGCGGGACCGGAGCAGACGGGGCUCUUACAGCCCUUCUUACAUCGGAAAAGGGCACGUACACCAUGCCAGACGCCAAACUGCGCGGGGGAUUCCGAUAUCUCACGCUAUUCCUCACCUCGUCCAAUACAAAUGCGACUCUGACAGUCAAGGAUGUUUCCCUUGAGUUGGCAUUCCAACCAACAUGGUCCAAUCUCCGCGCGUACCAAGGAUAUUUCCACUCGUCGAACGAGCUGCUCAACAAGAUCUGGUAUGCAGGCGCGUAUACAUUGCAGACAAAUUCCGUCCCUCGAACAACAUGCCGCGUCUCGGUGAGUUCCAGCACAGGCUGGAAUAACAAUGCCGUCUGCGGGCCUGGCGAGACGGUCCUGCUGGACGGCGCAAAGAGAGAUCGAUGGGUCUGGAUCGGCGAUAUGGGCGUUGCGGUGCCGAGUGCGAGCGUGAGUACGGGGGAUACGGAGAGCACGAAGAAUGCGCUCCUUGCGAUCUGGGAUAAUCAGACGCCGAGUGGGCUCUUGCCUAAGGCUGGGCCGCCUUAUUUGAGGGCUGAUAGUGAUACGUACCAUCUAUGGACGAUCAUCGGGACAUACAACUACUUCCUCUUCACGGAGGACUACGACUUCCUGGCUGAUAUCUGGCCACGAUAUGUCAAAGCGCUGGAGUAUAGUCUGGGCAAGAUCACGCCCGACGGGAUCAUGAAUGCCACGCAGACUGCGGACUGGGGCCGCUGGAAUUACGAUACCCUCGUUGCUUCUGCGAACAUGCUACUCUACCGCUCCCUCGUCACAGCAGCCUUCCUAGCCCCCUACGCAGACGCAGACACCGACGCAGCAAGCUACACAGUCGCAGCCGAAACCCUCCGCACCGCCAUCCUCACACACCUCUACGACGCCUCGAAGGGCGCCUUCAAAGACAGCCCGCACUCAACCCUCUACCCACAAGACGCAAACAGCAUGGCGCUCGCAUUCUCCAUCUUCUCCCCAACCUCCAACUCCACCACCAACAACACCAACGAGGCAUCCCGAGUCUCAACCUACCUAACAACAAACUGGACGCCCAUCGGUCCCGCCGUCCCCGAACUCCCCAACAACAUCUCCCCCUUCAUCUCGUCCAUCGAGCUAGAAGGCCAUUUCGCGUCUGGCCACCCCGAGCGCGCGAUACAGCUUAUAACAGAUUUGUGGGGGUGGUAUCUGGCCCAUCCGAACGGCACGCAGUCGACUGUUCCCGAGGGGUAUCUUGUCGACGGGACCUGGGGAUAUCGUGGGGACCGCGGGUACCGGAAUGACCCGCGGUAUGUGUCGCAUGCGCAUGGGUGGAGUAGUGGGCCGACGUCAACGCUGACGGAGUAUGCGGUUGGGUUGAGGGUUACGGGGCCGAGGGGGGUGACGUGGAGUCUCAAGCCAUUGGGGGUGGGAGUCGAGGGGUUGGGGAGUGCGCAGGCCGGGUUUACGACGGGGCUUGGGAAGUUCAGUGCUGGGUAUCGGGUGGAGGGGGGUAAAGUCAGGGCUUGGUGGAAUGUCCCUGAGGGGACGAGGGGGUGGGUGGAGAUUCCGGGGACUGGGCAGGAGGGGAGGUGGGUGGAGGGGGGGAAGGGGGAGGUGGCGGUUGAGUUGUAG